AGCACUGCCUCCGCCUUUCCUUGGGGGUGGGAACCGGGAGCUUAACCUCAACGCCCCCUGAGGGAGGGCGCUCACCUGUCCCCCGAGGAGGCGAAAAGAGGCGGUGACCACAUCUCGAAGUCUUCCAGAAAGUUUCUACUGUACAGGGGUGGGGUGGGGAGCAAAACGAGGUCUCCGCCCUGGCCGGUCGCGGCAGAGAGCGAGCAGUUUUCCUACAAGGAACCAGAAACUCCGGAAAUUGUGCAAGAACUUGCGGGAAAGGGGGGAGCCUUUCCAAGCCCCCUCCCGCCGAAGGAACCUCCAUUCCUUUCCUCCUCCGGCCCUCCCGGCCGAGUUUGGGGACUAGGAGAGCCAGACUAGCGUCUGCGAAGGCACCGAUCAGCUGGAAUCUGGCCUGGCAAAAGGCGCCGCUGUGGCCACCAAGGGCUCUCGCCAGUCCCCACGAAAAGCGGGGCAGAAGAGGAGACGGUCGGCGAGCCUUUCUUUUUUUGUUCGGGGUUAAUCCCCGUCUCUUCUCCUUCCCAACUUUUGGUUUUGGAUCAAGUUGAAAAGCGUCUGACUCCUUCUCACUUCUACCAGCUGAGGCGGCGGUGCGCCCCUGGAGCCGGCUUUUUGGGGAAAGUUAAUUUUUGUGUGGUUUUUAAUUUAAUUUAAUUUUUAUUUUGGAGCGGGAGACAAAACCUCGAAGCGGGAGCCGCUGCUCCGGAGCAAUUUGUAACCCGGCUGCUUUGGUUCCCCCCCUUCCACCUGAUGGGCAAAAGCCUCCAUGGCGCUGAGCAAAGGGCUGAGGCUGCUGUGGAAGCAUGAGCCCACUCCCAGCGCCCUACUGGAGGCGCGGGGCCGCCCGGAUUGCCUGCUGCUGGAAGCCGGCACGACAGCCACCCUCACAUUUGAAGAAAAAGAAGAAAUUAAAGGGCAAUAUGAGAAGCUUAUGGAUGCUUAUGGAUGCUUAGGCGAGCUGCAGUUAAAAUCUGGCAACUCCACUUUGCAUUUCCUGGUUCUUGUGACAGGCUAUACAUCAGUGGGAAAAAUCCUUGAUACCGAAGUUUACAAGAUCACAACAACUGAAUUUUGUGCCCUCCAAGAAGAAACUAAGGAAGAAGAUCGUGCUUCUGCCUUGAAGAAACUUCUGAAUUCUGGGGUCUUCUAUUUUUCUUGGCCAAAUUCAGGAUCAAACUUUGAUCUCACUAUCCGAGCCCAGAAGAAAGAUGAUGAUAGCUAUCAAACUGGAAAUUCAUUUUUCUGGAACCAGCUAUUGCAUGUCCCUUUUAAACACUAUCAGGUGAACUGUUCAGACUGGCUACUAAAAGUGAUUUGUGGUGUGGUGGACAUUCGUACUCUUUACGCCUCUCACAAGAAGGCAAAAGCCUGCCUCAUCUCCCGGAUUAGUUGUGAGCGAGCUGGUGCCCGGUUUCACAUACGAGGAGUCAAUGAUGAUGGUCAUGUUUCUAACUUUGUUGAGACGGAGCAGACUAUUUAUUUGGACAUGGAUGUUUCUUCCUUUGUUCAAAUCAGAGGUUCAGUUCCAUUAUUCUGGGAGCAACCUGGAUUGCAGGUUGGUUCCCAUCAUCUGAAGCUUACCAGAGGCCUGGAGGCAAAUGCUCCUGCUUUUGAUAAGCAUAUGAUGCUUCUGAAGGAACAAUAUGGCAAACAAGUGAUCGUUAAUUUGCUGAGAAGCAAAGGGGGAGAAGAGGUUCUCAGUAGGGCUUUCAAGAAAUUACUUUGGGCAUCAUCCCAUGCAGUAGACACACCAAUGAUUAAUUUUGAUUACCAUCAUUUUGCAAAAGUUGGGAAACUGGAGAACUUGCUGGGGCCUCAGCUAAAGCUGCACUGGGAAGAAUUGGGCAUCUUUACAAAGGGUGAAAAUGCAACUUCCCGUCAACAGAUGGGUACCAUUCGAAUGAAUUGUCUGGAUUGUCUAAACCGAACUAAUACCGUCCAAACCUUCAUAGCCCUUGAGAUUCUCCAAAGUCAACUAGAAAGCCUAGGAUUAAAUUCCAAACCUAUAAUUGAGCGUUUUCUGGAGUCUUACAAAGCAAUGUGGGCUCUCAAUGGGCACAGCCUAAGCAAGAUUUUUACAGGGAGCCGGGCUUUAGAAGGAAAAGCCAAGGUUGGGAAAUUCAAAGAUGGUGCCCGGUCAGUGUCACUGACCAUUCAGUCAAACUUUUUUGAUAGCGUGAAACAGGAAGCCAUUGACUUACUGCUUAUGGGUGAUUUUUACAAUGAAGAGUAUGCUGAUAAAGAGAGAAUGCUGCUGGAUCAUACCGCAUUAUUGAUGACACCAAGUACUUUGAACAUCAUGUCAGAGCGUCAAUUUGAAUUCACAAACUUCAAGAGAAUUCGUGUUGCCAUGGGGACCUGGAAUGUAAAUGGAGGCAAACAGUUUAAGAGUAAUAUCCUUGGUACCAGCGAAUUAACAGAUUGGUUACUUGAUUCCCCUAAGCUCUGUGGAGUUUCAGAGUUUCAAGAUGAUCAUUGUCCCGCUGACAUAUUUGCUGUAGGAUUUGAAGAAAUGGUAGAAUUAAAUGCUGGCAAUAUUGUGAAUGCGAGCACAACCAAUAGGAAGACAUGGGGAGAACAAAUUCAGAAGGCUCUUUCAAGGACACAUCGAUAUAUUCUGUUGACCUCAACACAGCUUGUGGGUGUUUGCCUCUUCAUUUUUGUAAGACCGUUCCAUGUUCCCUAUAUAAGGGACAUAGCAGUGGACACAGUGAAGACUGGAAUGAGAGGGAAAGCUGGAAACAAAGGAGCAGUUGCUAUCCGUUUCCAAUUUCAUAGCACCAGCUUAUGCUUUGUGUGUAGCCAUUUGACAGCUGGUCAGUCUCAGAUAAAAGAACGGAAUGAAGACUAUAAAGAGAUCACUCAGAAACUGAGUUUCCCAAUGGGAAGAAGUAUGUUUUCUCAUGACUAUGUUUUCUGGUGUGGUGAUUUCAACUAUCGCAUCGACUUGACUUAUGAAGAAGUAUUUUAUUUUCUCAAACGACAAGACUGGACGACCCUCCUGGAAUCGGAUCAACUGCAGCAACAGAAAUCCAGUGGAAAGAUUUUUAAGGACUUCCAUGAAGGAACUAUCAAUUUUGGUCCCACAUAUAAAUAUGAUGUUGGCUCUGAGGCUUAUGAUACAAGUGAUAAAUGUAGAACUCCAGCGUGGACUGAUAGAGUGCUUUGGUGGAGGAAGAAACUUCCAAUUGAUAAAACAGCGGGACAAGUCAGUCUUCUUGACAGCGAUCUCAAUGCUGAAACCAAAGUUGGACCCAUUUGGUCUCCUGGUGCUUUGAUGUAUUAUGGAAGAACUGAGCUCCAGGCCAGUGACCACAGGCCUGUUUUAGCUAUUGUGGAAGUGGAAAUCCAAGAGGUUGAUGUGUCUGCUAGGGAUAAUGUUUUCCAGGAAGUAUCAUCCUUUCAGGGUCCCCUAGAUGCUACAGUGGUGGUGUCUCUAUUGUACUGUUCCCCUGAAGAGAAAGAUGAAUUUCCUGAGGAUUGUCAGAUGGAGCUUAUGCAGAUCUUUGAGACUUACGGCACUGUUGUGCUUGUCAGGAUCAAUGGAGGUCAAAUGUUGGUUACAUUUUCAGAAAGCAGAUCUGCUCUUCGCGUUCUUGAUGUGGAUGAUAUCAAGAUUAAAGGCAGGAUUGUGAAGAUUUGUCCUAAAACCAAAGAUUGGCUGAAAGGUCUUCAAGAGGAAAUUGCUAGGAAACGCGACAGUAUCGCUCCUAUGUCACCCACAGCAAAUUCCUGUCUUCUGGAGGAAAAUUUCGAUUUUUCAAGCUUAGAUUAUGAAUCAGAAGGUGAUAUCUUAGAUGAGGAAGAUGAUUAUUUGGAUGAAACAUUGCAUCUGGUACCAUGUGAAACAGAAAUGGUAUCAACAAUGGAAGAGUCAGGAGAUGGAUCAGAAUAUGUGAGCAUGGUGUCUACCAUACAUGCAAACAAGUCACAUCUUGCUGGAAGAAAACCAUGUCGGUAUAAAGAUGAUGCUGACUUGGUUGAAUUAAAACAUGAGUUUGAAGAAAGUGCAGAGUUCUGUCAUCGCUCCCCAACCAGGUCUCUGUCCGUGCCUGGUAGGCCUCGGCAGCCUCCGCCCCCCCAGCGACCUCCCCCACCAGCUGCAGUGCCCAUUAAAAAAUCCCCAUCAGAUGGUUCCAUCUCUUCAGGAAGCUGCUCCCUGUCCUCCAUCUUGGAUACAGCAAAGCUUCUUCCAGGAGCACCACAGCACCCGCCAAAAUCACGAACUGGAAUUAGUAAGCCAUACAACGUGAAACAGAUCAAAACCACUACCCCAGAAGAAGCCGAGGAAGCCAUUCGGUGUCUGAUGCAAGCAAAAGGAGUAAUACCCCAGGAAUCCUUGGCUUCCAUUCCAGCAAGAACUCAGGCUGUGACUAAACCUGAAUUCAUUCCCGCUGGCCCAAAGCCAGCACCUCUUCAGGGCCUCCAGACAGCCCCAGUCCUCCUACCACAGCGCCCCCCACCUAAAGUUCCAACUACCAAAAAACCCAGCCCUUUGCAGAAGAUGGGAGUCAAGCCAGGAAGUCCCCAUUCUCCAGAAGAGCAGCUUGAACAAACCUUGGGUCACUUCUCCGCAUCACCAGAAUCGGGUCUGGAAAGCACAACUGUUAUUGGUUCUCUUCAGACGGUCCCCAUUCCUAAGCCAAGGACAAUGCAGCCUGGCAAAAUUGUCCAGAGGAGCAGCAGCAGCAAUGGAAAGCAACCAACUCCCUUGUCUCUUUUAGAGGAAAGUUCUCAUAUUCCUUCUCUGAACGUGACUCAGGCUCCAAGAGUUCCCCCAAGGAGAAAGAAGUCUGCUUCUCCCGAUUUUCAUCUGCAAGUACUCCAGAACAGCAAUAACCUGUUUCUAAAAGGGCCGACAUUCAAUUCCAACAAUAACAACGUUCCAGCAGCAUGUUUUUCCACAAUGAAGGAUUCUGAUGGACUUUCAUCUUCUCUGAGUGAAGCCUCUCUUCUUGCUACAACAGUCGUGACCAGCUCAAAAGACAAUGAUGCUAAGCUUUUGGGGCAGACUGGCUUGGAAUUUAUUGGUGACCAACAGGCGACUCCUGCCUUGUGGAUUCAGCAACAACAGCAAGCUUCAGACAAACAUUGUCCAAUGGAGAACAGCAAUUUGUUAGAUCUGGAAGUAGACUUUGCUGCUGGCCAGCCAGUGAUUCAGCCGUUACCAGCCAAUCCACCUCCUGCUUCACAAAAUUUGAAACACUCCUCUGCAAAGGAUUUCAGCCACUGGGUCACAUUUGGAGAAGAUGGCAACAGUAGUACUAUAUCUCAGGGUUAAGCUCUGACCUCGGUUCAAAACUCCGAACUCAUUUUUGUCCUAGAAAAGCACAUUUCCCCCCUAAACUUUAUGAUAGAAGGAAUUAAGUUCAGCAAAUCAGUUACGGCAGUAUUCCCCCCCCCCCCCAACCUUUGGGCUUGGCAGCCCGGCGGGAACGUGAAAGCUGCACAAGUAGCAGCCUGCCACACAUAUGUGCACCAGCCCACCACUUGUGCGAGUGGAGCUGCGCACAUACAAGCCCGCUGGCGUGCCAUGCACUAGUGGAGCUGUGCGUGUGUGCCAGCCCAACUCUUGGCGGCCCAGUUCCAAAUAGGCUAUAGGCCAGUGGUGGGCUGCAGCCCAGGGGUUGGGGACCACUGAUGUGUGGUAUAACACUCAUCUCCCCUCACUCUUUGGUGAUUUCUGGUUCGAGUUUAAUAGUAAAUUCAAUAACAAAUAUUUAUUUCUCAUAUGCAUGUGUGCUAUAAUGAGGCCUGCUUCAAUUACUCUUUAUUUGCACUUUGCUCAUUUCUGAAUUCCAUGCCACAGGUGGCUGCUUGCCCCGCAGUUCUCUACUGUAAAAAGAUGGUAUAGUUAAUUCUGCUUUAUAUACUAAGAGGUAUUCUGUGUCAUUCUUGAGCCAACUGCAUGCUUAGAACCCACAGUCUUAAAUUAUUUUUAUCCUUGUUAUCAAUGUAUGCAAAGUAGGAAUGAAUUUGAGUUUCAAAGAGUUGAUAAGAGCAAAGAUGAUAAUCUGAUUCUUUCUGAUAAUAGUGGUCAUCAAUAAUAUAAAAGGAAGUCCUUAGAGAGAAGGCGGGGCUUAGCAGUGAGAAGACGGACUUUCAGGCAUUUCCUGAAUGACCAUCUAUACCGGAGUCUUUU